UCACAUAUAUUUGAAUCUAGCAUCUUUAUUUUUUAUGGCAAUAUUUUUCUUUCUAGUUCUUAUUUUCUGCAUAGAAUCUUGCAAAGUUGAUGCAAGAAGUAAAACUCUACUAAUGGAUCAAGUGGACAAUGAUUUUGAUUGUGUUGAUAUCUACAAACAACCUGCUUUACAACAUCCAUUAUUAAAAAAUCACAAAAUUCAGCUUUACCCAUCAUUCGAAACAAAUAUCACUCAAAGUAGACCAUAUUCUACUGAUAAAAAUGUAGAAGGAUGUCCUACAGGAAAAGUUCCUAUUCACAAAAAGACAAGAAGACCUCGAAUUGUUACUAAUUCAUCUUCAAAAUCACUCGUGGAAGAUUUUCAACAAUAUUCCCAAAGCUCCCAUGGAUACCAUUCUGUUAGCCUUGAUACAACACAAAACACGAUAUUUCGUGGAGCUCGUGCAAAAAUAGGUGGAUAUAGUUUGUCAAUUAAAAGAGGUCAAUAUAGCAUAUCUUCUGUUUGGGUUCAAAAUGGUCCACCAACACAACUUAAUAGCAUACAAGCAGGAAUAGGAUUUCAUCCAAGCAUAUAUGGAGACAGUCAACUACGACUAAUUGGUCAUUGGACGGCUGAUGGUCACCUUAAAACCGGAUGUUACACUCAUGCUUGUCCAGGUUUCGUACAAGUUAAUCCAAACAAAAAAUUUGCUCUUGGAGCUGUCCAAUCACCUGUCAGUACCAUUGGGUCAUUUCGCAAAUGGCUUCUUAAUGUCAAAAUUAAACAGGUUAAUUGA